ACAAAUAGCGACGGAGGCAUUGUGAUUGAGUGGUUCUGUUGCAGCUCUUUUUGUCAGGAGAUUGUCAGUCGUCGCGCCACAACGCAAUUAAUAGCUGGACCCGGGGCAGCAGCAGCUCGUAGGGGUGGCGUUUAGUUAUCCCAGCCAUUGCGACUCGUGGAAGUUGUUGCUUGUAGAGUUCAAGCUUUCUGUCUUUAACCGAUGAGCCUUAUCUUUAAGGACCCAACCUGAAUUACACCACCCUUUUGCAUUCAGGCACUGUAUUCCGCUAAUCAUUCGGUGGCACCAUUGCACACUCUCCCUUCGCUGGACUUGUCGAUUUGUCGCCGUUGGUGAAUCUAAGUUGGUCAAUUCCGUGUGAGAAGAAGAUUCAGCUGGUGUUCAGUUUACGUUGCAAAAUUUUCAGGUUUUUGGUUGUGUGUUCGAGUUUUUGAGGUUGCUGUGCGGGUGGCUGCUAUGGCUGCCGUGGCUGGGAAUCUCGGUGCUCUCACAGCAGCAGUCACCAAUGGCGAUGUACUGGUGAAGCUGGACAAGCGGAAUGUGCUGUCCAGUGCAUUUUUUAGUCGGAAGCUGGUGGCUGCGGGAUCUACCAAGGUGACCGUGAGGCAGCAGCGGGAGGGGGAGAUGAGGCGGGGUGUGGUGGCCUAUGUCGCCCCGAGCACCACUGAGAAGACUGUGAGCGAACCCGAGAGGACUGCGAAUGGGGUUGCAGAGAAACAGACUGGUGGACAAUGUUUCGGCGUGUUUUGUGUAACUUAUGAUUUGAAGGAGGGUGAGAGGCCCAAGACAUGGAAGAAGACGGUGCGUAUUGCGGUGUCUGGAGCCGCCGGCAUGAUUGCCAAUCAUUUGUUGUUCAAGCUCGCGUCUGGAGAGGUCUUCGGCCAAGACCAACCGAUUGCUCUGAAUUUGUUGGGAUCAGUGAGGUCGAGGGAUGCUCUGGAGGGAGUAGCUAUGGAGCUGGAGGAUUCCCUGUUCCCGUUGUUGCGGGAGGUUAACAUCGGGAUUGAGGCAGAGGAGGUUUUCGCCGAUGCCGACUGGGCUCUCCUCAUCGGUGCCAAGCCACGGGGUCCCGGCAUGGAGAGGGCCGACCUGCUUGACAUCAACGGGCAGAUCUUCGCCGAACAGGGCAAAGCUCUGAACAAAGUGGCCAGCCCUGACGUGAAGGUUUUGGUAGUGGGCAACCCAUGCAACACAAAUGCACUCAUCGCAUUGAAGAACGCGCCUCGUCUCAACCCUCGGAAUUUCCAUGCUCUCACUAGGUUGGAUGAGAACCGAGCCAAAUGCCAGUUAGCUCUCAAGGCCGGUGUCUUCUACGACAACGUCUCGAAUGUGACUAUCUGGGGUAAUCACUCCACCACUCAAGUCCCAGAUUUCCUGAACGCGAAAAUCCAUGGCGCUAGGGUGAUGGAUGUUAUUCAAGAUGAGAAAUGGCUGAAGGAAGAAUUCACCCCCAGAGUACAGAAACGUGGAGGUGCCCUCAUUCAGAAAUGGGGUCGAUCUUCCGCCGCUUCCACGGCUGUAUCUAUCGGCGAUGCCAUCAAGUCUUUGAUCACCCCUACUCCAGAGGGCGAUUGGUUCUCAUCAGGAGUGUACACGAGCGGAAACCCAUAUGGAAUUGCUGAAGACAUUAUCUACAGCAUGCCCUGCCGAUCUGCUGGGGAUGGAUCCUGGGAGUUGGUUACCGACUGUGAAAUCGACGACUACUUGCGCGAGCGCAUCAAGAAAAGCGAGGACGAGUUACUUGCGGAAAAGAAUUGCGUGGCUCAUCUUAUUGGUCAGGAGAAUGGUUACUGUGACCUUCCUGAGGGAGACACAAUGCUGCCAGGGGAGCUUUAAAGCAGGUUCAUGAAUAAUUCACUGGAAUUCGACGGAGCUGGUUCUAGUUAGAGCUCCGAUCAUUUUGUUCAACGAGUUCUCUUCUUUCAGGAUGUCGUGUUCAUUCCUUUAGAUAGAGUUUAGUCAGAAGGUAACGGAAUAUAAUGACGAGAUAGGUCUGUUUUAUGCUGUAGGCUUGUCUGUCUGCGAAGAGGUGUGUACUGGUAGGUUCAUUGGUUUAGCUUCUCUGCUUAAGUAUCCUUCAAUUUUGAGACUCCACCUUAUCCCGGUAGCAGCAAGUUAUCCAUUGUCACGUAAGGUAGGUAUGUGCUUGCGGGGAAGCAUUGUGGGUGGUGUCGUAGACGCAUAGGUUAGCGAUGUAGCAUGUGAAAAAACAUCGUAGGCAAUUCUGUUAUGCCCUGAAUUGCGCAAGGCAGUUCACAUUUGGACGAAACUACGAAGUGACCCCUGCAAGUCUGCCGCUGGAGCUUGCGGAUCGUUCUUUGACGUUGAAUCUCUUUAAACGAUCUAUGAAUUUCCAUAAUUUUGGCA